UCUUAGAGCAACAGCUGGUGAGCAAUGCACGGAGCAGACUUGUAACCGACUUACAUCAUCUUCAACAUGAAGAUAGCUACAGUGCCAAUGCUUCUGACCCUGGCUCUUUGCCUCAUACAAGAUGCUGCCAGUGAGGAUGAAAAUCAGGAAACAUGCAAUGAAUAUCGGGCAUUGAUGAAAAAUGGAAAAUUGUUCUGUUCCAGAGAUAAAAAAUUUUUUGAAAGCCCUGAUGGAAUAAUGUUCAUCAACAAAUGUGCCUCAUGCAAAACGAUAUUGGAAAAAGAGGCAAAAUCCCAGAAAAGGGAUUUAACAAGAGCCACCAGGGCCACUGCCCCAGCAAAGGAUGUGUGUAGUGCUUUUCGGCCUUAUGUGAAGGAUGGAAGACUUGUAUGCACAAGGGAAAAUGAUCCAGUUCUUGGUCCUGAUGGGAAGACGCAUGGCAAUAAGUGUGCGAUGUGCGCUGAGCUAUUCUUAAAAGAAGCUGAAGAAAAUGCCAAACAAGAAGGUGAGACCAGAAUUCGGCGAAGUGCUGAAAAGGAUUUUUGCAAGGAAUACGAAAACCAAGUGAGGAAUGGAAGACUGUUUUGUACCCGGGAGAGUGACCCAGUCCGUGGCCCUGAUGGCAGGAUGCAUGGCAACAAAUGUGCCCUGUGUGCUGAAGUUUUCAAACGGCGUUUUAUAGAAGAAAAAAAUAAAGAAGAUAAAACCCGGAGAGAGGCUGAAGAAAAAGCUAAAGUUAAAACAGAAAUUGAGAAAAUGUGCAGUGAAUAUCAGAAUCAAGCAAAGAAUGGAAUACUGUUCUGUACCAGAGAAAAUGACCCUAUUCGUGGUCCAGAUGGGAAAAUGCAUGGCAACUUGUGUUCCAUGUGUCAAGCCUUCUACCAAGCAGAAGCUGAAGAAAAGAAAAAGGCUGAAGCAAAAGCAAGAAGUAAAAGAGAAUCUGGAAAAGCACCCUCAUAUGCAGAGCUGUGCAGUGAAUACCGUAAGUUUGUGAGGAAUGGAAAACUCCCUUGUACCAGAGAGAAUGACCCCAUCCAAGGCCCAGAUGGGAAAAUGCAUGGCAACACCUGCUCCAUGUGUGAGGCCUUCUUCCGAGCAGAAGAAGAAGAAAAGAAAAAAAAGGAAGGUGAAUCAAGAAAUAAAAGACAAUCUGAGAAUACAGCUUCCUUUGAGGAGUUGUGCAGUGAAUACCGCAAAUCUAGGAAGGAUGGACGUCUUCUUUGCACUAGAGAGAACGACCCCAUCAAGGGCCCAGAUGGAAAAAUGCAUGGCAAUGUCUGUUCCAUGUGUGAGGCCUUCUUUCAACAAGAAGAAAGAGCAAGAACAAAGGCUAAAAGAGAAACUGCAAAGGAACUCUGCAGUGAAUUUCGGAACCAAGUGAGGAACGGAAUGCUCAUAUGCACCAGGGAGAAUGAUCCUGUCCGUGGCCCAGAUGGCAAAGUUCAUGCAAACAAAUGUGCCAUGUGUGCAAGUGUGUUCAAACUUGAAGAGGAAGAGAAGAAAAAUAAUGGCAAGGAAGAAAAGGAGAAAGUUGAUGCUGAGAAAGUUAAGAGAGAAGCAGUACAGGAGCUCUGCAGUGAGUAUCGUAACUAUAUGCGGAAUGGACGACUUCCCUGCACCAGAGAGAAUGACCCCAUUGAGGGCUUAGAUGGGAAAAUUCAUGGCAACACCUGCUCCAUGUGUCAGGCCUUCUUCCAGCAAGAAGCAAAAGAAAAAGAAGAAGCCAAAUCCAGAGCAAAAGCUAAGAGAGAAGCUGAAAAGGAUGCAUGCAGUGAAUUUCGGAGCCUUUUGCAAAAUGGAAAUCUCUUCUGCACACGAGAAAAUGAUCCCGUGCGUGGCCCAGAUGGCAAGACCCAUGGCAACAAGUGUGCCAUGUGUAAAGCAGUCUUUCAGAAAGAAAAUGAAGAAAGAAAGAGAAAAGAAGAGGAAAAUCAGAGGAGUGCCGGAGGGAAUGGUUCCAGUGGUGGUGGAGGAGGGAAAGCUCAGGACCAAUGUGCUGAGUUUCGAGAACUAAUGAAAAGUGGAAAUCUCAGCUGUACUCGGGAGAAUGAUCCCGUACGUGAUGCCGAUGGCAAAUCAUACAACAAUAAGUGUACCAUGUGUAAAGAGAUGCUGCAAAGAGAAGCAGAGGAAAAAAAUAAGCAUUCCGGUGUCAGAUCAAAUGGGACUGACUCAGCAUCCAAAAAAGAUGAAUGUGAUGAGUUUAGAAGCCAAAUGAAAAAUGGACAACUUAUCUGCACACGAGAAAGUGAUCCUGUCCGGGGUCCAGAAGGCAAGAUGCAUGGCAAUAAGUGUGCUAUGUGUAAGGAAAAACUGGAAAGGGAAGCAGCUGAAAGAAAAAAGAAAGAGGAUGAAAACAGAAGAAACACAGAAGAAAGGAGCAAUGAAAAACAGGAUCAGUGUCACGAAUUCCGGAACAUGGUGAGAGAAGGAAAGCUUAUCUGCACCAGAGAAAAUAACCCUGUUCGAGGUCCAGAUGGCAAGAUGCACGUCAACAAGUGUGCCAUGUGUCAGAGCAUCUUUGAGCGAGAAGCUAGUGAAAGAAAAAAGAACGAUGAAGAAAAAUCAAAUGCCAAGCCCUCAAAAGAUGCAAAGGACCAGUGCAGAGAGGUUCAGAGUGAAGUGGAGGACAGAAAAUUUAGACAGUCUGAGCGUUCCUUGGCCUCCACUGUCAGGAGGAGUGCAGAUAACUGCAGCAAGUUUCGGCAGUACGUGAGGAAUGACGAGCUCAUGUGCACUCGAGAGAAUGAUCCCGUGCGUGGCAUUGAUGGAAAGUUAUAUAAAAACAAGUGCUACAUGUGCAGAACUAUCUUUCAAAAAGAAGCUUCAGAAAGGGCAGGAAUUCGAGAAAAGCCAUCCCACACUAGAUCUUCUGAAGAGGAAGAGAGCCCAGAUUCCCUCAAUACUCUGGAUUCUGAGAUGUGCAAACACUACCGAGUAUUGCCCAAGAUAGGUUACCUUUGCCCAAAGAAUUUACAGCCUGUCUGUGGUGAUGAUGGCCAGACGUACAACAAUCCCUGCAUGCUCUGUCAUGAAAAUCUAAUGCGCCAGACUAAUACACACAUACGCAGUGAAGGGAGGUGUGAGGACAGCAGCACCCCAGGAACCACAGUUCCCAGCGUGCCAGCAUCUGGCAAAUGAUGUGAGAAUUGGUGAAAGCCAUGAGGGAAAAUGUAUACCCCGAUUCUGAACUGCCUACCUUAUCCAUCUGUAUAUACAAAUAACUCUUCAGAGCUCAUCUUAUUUACUGUAGAAAACCAUACAGAACUGUUGGGGGAAUGGACUCACUGACUUUCAGUCUUCCAUCUCUUUCCUCCUGGAUUCUUUGAUCUGAGGGCACAGAAACACUUCCACCCAAUCUGUGCUCUGGAAAGCUCCUGAUCACAAUGCUGUCUGUCCAACUGCUUGUUCAAUAAAAGUAAACCCAGCAGAACACCAUGUCUGGGAUUUCUUUGCCACUGCCUGGAUGUCAGGAACUUGUUUUUUACUGAAGCUGAAUAAUCUACCCUUUUGUCUUGCAAAGCCCAUUGGUGGACAGAGAAUGCUCACUUUUUUUCAGAUUCAACUUGCUGUCAUAGUUGGAAAAGAAUAUCUAGAAGAGAGGUAGGGAGGUAUGGGCUCCCAGGCAGCCAAUGGCUGUAUAAAGCCCAAGCAGCUAUGAAUUAACCUCACCUUCCAAUGACACAAAGCAAUAAUUUCUCAUAUCCAAUCAUGUGGCCUCUUGACAAUUUCCUGUGUCAGGGCCUUGGACCCAUAGUCUGGGAGAAGACUAAGGAAAUGAGAGUUACCAACGUGUGCAAGUCUCUAGAGCAGCGCUGUCCAAUAGAAAUAUAAUAUGAGCCACAUAUGUGAUCUCAAAAUUUUUAGUAGCUACAAAAGAAAUGGGUAAAAUUAAUUUUAAUAAUGUAUUUUACUUAGCCCAAUAUACCAAAACUAUUAUCAGUUCAGAAGAUAAUCAAUAUAAACUUUUUUUUUUUUACUAAGUUUUUGAUAUUGGUAUGUAUUUUAUACUUGUAGCACAUCUCACUUUGGACCAGCCACAUUUCAAGUGCUCAAUAGUUACGUGUGGCUAGAAGCUACUAAACCAGUGCACUAAUGCAUGUGAGAAAUCCACCAGGGAGUGCGCACAUUAGGUAGGGUGGCAUGGAAUAACUUGUAAGCUCCUGCCACAAUGCCGAAACUCUGUCAUGCUCCAAAUCUUGCUACUGGUGUCCUGUGACAGCACCAAGUUAUGUGGUUCACUUGCAGAUUCUGGGCUUGUGCUGAGCGUACUCUAGAGGGAGAGAAAGCUUGUGCAGAAUCCAUCGUGGUUCAAGUUGUUCUCAGCUACGGAAGACCUGUGCCCAGAAUGGCAGGCCUGCUUGGAUUUGAGAAGUUAAUUUUGUAUUUUUCCUCUGCUCUUUUUCUUUUAGAUAAGUUGCCACUAGGCCCAUUUGAGUAGGAUUUUGUGAUCUUUGUCUUUUGUAACUGAGUGAAAAUAAAUCAAUCCCUAUCCUG